AUGACGCUGAUAUUCCCGGCUAUUUUUCUGCUACCCACCAACCUAGGAGUGGAUGAGCUCCACAAGCUGGAAGAGCAGAUACCAACCCUCACCUACGACAUCAACGAGGCCGAAGUUAUCUUGGGAAAGGUGCACAGGAAAGAACGAGCCAAGUUCGAGCUUAGAAAACACAUGCUUGCAACUGAGGAGAUAUCGACAGAGGAGGCAGACGAACCUACAUCUCCAAAUCCGAAGCGAAGGAUAUUCCAGACACCGGCUUCUGUCGCCACAGAAGACUCAGACACUGCGUCAGAUGGCGAGUUUCAUCCUCUCCUAUCACAGUCGACGCAGUCAACUCUGAAAGAAUCUCCCACCAUUGUCAAGGUGGUGAAGCUCGCAUGGUUUACCGAGUCUCUCAAAGCCGGCAUAGUCCUCCCGAUAGAUGACUACACCUUGUACAGAGGCCGAAAACAGCAGAAGCAGAGCAAACCCGCCAAAACGAAGGAAGCUUCACCAGCAAAGGCAGCAGAUGUCAUCAAGCGAGCCCUAGCAGACCCAAAGCCUUCUUUCCAUGGCUCACGGCCCGGGUCUUCUCACAGCACCGCCAGCCAUGGUCGACGCGAUCACUUCCUCCCCAAAGCCCCGGCAUUGCUCCAUAUGACCACAUCAGAGCACGAUAUAGAGUUGCCUCCCAUACCGGCCUACUUGCACACCACAUAUGCGUGCCAGCGUCCUGCACCCAUGCAUCCGCCUAACGAGCCCUUCAUCGAGGAGCUGAUGAAGAUCAGAACGGCCAGGACAUUACUAGGCGACAAGAUCGGAGUGCGCGCAUAUUCAACCGCCAUAGCCGCUCUAACUUCCUAUCCCUAUCCUCUCCAGAGCACUCUCGAAGUAGCAAGACUACCAGGUUGCGGCUUCAAGAUCGCCCAGUUAUACGGAGAAUUCCGAGAACACGGCGAGCUGCAGGAAACCAAAGAAGAUGAGUCCGACCCCCGCAUCGCCGUGCUCAAGCUCUUCUACGAGAUCUGGGGCGUUGCCGAGACCACCGCCCGCGAGUUCUACAACAAAGGCUGGCGCGACCUCGACGACAUUGUCGAGUACGGCUGGGACACGCUCACGCGCGUCCAGCAGAUUGGCGUCAAGUACUACGACGAGUUCCAGCAAAAGGUCCCUCGCGGCGAGGUCGAGUCCAUCUCCCAAAUCAUCCUAGAGCAUGCCAACAAGAUCCACCCGGGCUUUCAGAUGGUCAUCGUAGGUGGGCACCGGCGCGGCAAGCUGUCGAGCGGCGACGUGGACGUCGUGCUGAGCCACCCGGACGAGGCCGCGACUAAGGGCUUCGUCGAACAAAUUGUUGUCGCUCUGGAACAGUCGAACUACAUCACGCAUACACUGAUCCUGAGCACCAAGAACACGGAGCGCGGGCAGGUGCCUGUUGCAUGGAAGGGGAACGAGAAGAAGGCCGGGACGGGAUUCGACACGCUGGAUAAGGCGCUCGUGGUGUGGCAGGAUCCGCACUGGACAACGGGCGAGAAGAAGAAUCCAAAUCCGCACAGGAGGGUGGAUAUCAUCAUCAGCCCGUGGAAGACGGCCGGGUGCGCGGUGCUGGGGUGGACGAGCGGGACGACCUUCCAGAGGGAUCUGAGGAGAUACUGCAAGAAGGAGAGGUCGCUCAAGUUUGAUAGCAGUGGGAUCCGGAGUAGGGCUGAUGGGAGGUGGGUUAAUUAUGAGAGUGGACCGAAUGGUGAGCCGGCGCCGGAUAUGUUGACGGCGGAGAGACGGGUGCUUGAAGGGUUGGAGCUGGAGUGGCGGCCGCCGGAGGAGAGAUGCACUGGUUGA